AUGUCGAACACAUACCCAUCUCCCUUCGAACCAGGCGCCUUCCUACCCGGCGGUCAUAAUAACGACCCCCCAGUUUCCCUAUCUUCUCCUACAGCAGGUUACAAGCUGAACCACUUCAUGCUCCGCAUCCGCGACCCCCGACGCACACUCCACUUCUACAUGGAUCUAAUGGGCAUGCGAACCAUAUUCACCAUGGAUUUUGGCCCUUGCACGAUCUACUACCUGGGCUAUCCACCACCCGACACUCCUUCCCUGCCUGAAUGGGCAGCAAAUACCGCCACGGCUCACAACUUGACUCGCACCUUGGGUUUAUUGGAAUUAUACCACGUCCAUGGGACGGAGAAGCCAGAAGAAGAAGGUGGAUUUCCCAUAUCGACGGGUAACGAGCCGCCGGCGCUGGGUUUUGGACAUUUGGGAUUCACGGUUCCGGAUGUUAAGGAGGCGUUGGAUAGGUUGAAGGGGGAAGGGGUGAGGGUCAUUAAGGAUCUGGGGGAGGCGGAGAGGAAGGAUGUUCCGUUGAGUGAGUGGGAGGAGAAGAGGGGGGUGGGGGGUGGUGAGGUUCAUGAGAAUUAUAAGAGGAUUUUCGAACAGAUUGCUUUUGUGGCUGAUCCGGUGAGUUUUGAGUUUGUGUUGGGUUUGGUAUUGAUGCUGAUGCUGAUGGUUGUAGGACGGGUAUAUCGUUGA